GCCACGAGGUGAGAUCUGCGAUCGUAUACGGCGUGACAUACGCGAGAAGUACAUUAAUUCGUACGGGCGAGAGAGGCCCUCCGUGAUCGCGGCUCGCGCGCGUUUCUCUUCCGGUUCUUUUCGGGCGCGUCCACCCUCCGCGGUAUUGAUGCUCGCUAUCGGAACGGACGGAUCUGCGAAUCCUCGCGGGCGAACGCAGUCUCGUGCAUCGUCGCGUCGCGUAUGGCGUCGCGUUAAGGUCACGUCGUCCUCGCCGCCGUCGUUUUCGGCGUCGUCGGUCCGGAUGUCUUGGCCGAGCUGAGAGACCGCGUACUCUCCCUCGCGCGGAGUGUCGAGCUUACCGGCUCGUGGUGUGUGUGAUAACGACAAGGUGAUAUCAGUAGCCGCGCGUGGAACGAUGUGCGUGACAGCCACGCCGUUGAGCGCGACGAAGAUACUGAAGGAUAGUGCGAGUCGGCAGCCGGCGAGGACUACUAUCGCGACUAGUGUACAGGUGCAAGGAUUAAGCGGCGGCAAUAACCACAACAACCACCGUCACCGCAAUGCCGGCGAGGCUGACAGACCACCGCCACAGCAUACGUCGAUUAUGAUGGUCCGCAUGAUCGGCGAUGAAUUCCUCACAGAGGAGCGGGACCGAAAGUAUUACGCCGAUCACUACACAUGCUGUCCGCCGCCUCUUUUCAUCAUUCUCAUCACACUCGUGGAAUUGGGUUUCUUCACGUACUAUACAGUGGCGAUGGGCGAGGUGAAUCCCUCAGGGCCGGUGCCGAUCGACAGUGUCUUCAUUUACAGGCCGGACAAGCGACUCGAGCUCUGGAGGUUCGCCUUCUACAUGUUCCUGCACGCUGGGUGGCUUCACCUGCUGUUUAACCUGGGGGUUCAGGUGGUCGUGGGACUUCCCUUGGAAAUGGUUCACGGAAGCCUGAGGAUCGCCGCGGUUUACAUGGCUGGGGUUCUUGCCGGUUCACUAGGCACAUCAGUGUUCGAUACGGAUGUGUAUCUAGUCGGAGCGAGCGGGGGCGUUUAUGCCCUUCUAGCGGCACAUCUAGCCAAUGUUCUCCUCAACUAUAACAAUAUGGAGUUUGGGAUAGUUCGGCUCAUUGGCAUUUUCGUCAUCGCUAGCGCUGACGUAGGCUUCGCGAUCUACGACAGAUACGCGGCGGAACAGAUGGGUCCGCCAGUGUCGUACGUCGCCCAUCUGACGGGCGCCCUGGCUGGUCUGACGAUCGGUCUUCUAGUAUUGAAGAACUUCGAGCAGCGGCUACACGAACAGUUACUCUGGUGGGUCGCUCUGGGCGUUUACGCCGCCUGCACCAUCUUCGCGGUCAUGUACAAUCUGAUGCAUCCGGAUUAUCCAUGACGCGAGGUCAGCUUCGCGUACGGCCAGCCGAGGCACACGUAACGCGAAGCUGAUCGCCCAUGGAAAAGAAAGAAGAGAAGACGGAGGAAAAGACGGGAGAGAUCAUCGUUGAGCUGCGAGGAAGAUUGUCAGGUAUCGCGGAUCUUUCAUAAUGCGUUAGAAUGAGAAUUAGAUGGUUCCUAGUGCGAAGGAACACGUGAAAAUAAAUACGCGAUAAUAUCAUCGACAGUCGUCAUUCUCCUCGUCGGAGAGAACGUGACUUUGAUUGUCCUCCGCGCGAAAAGGAUCGUAAUUUCGUAGUAUAUAUUUUCUUCCAAGCCGGCCUGUUCGCGCACUCGAGAAAAGAGACAGAGCGCCCGUCGGGAGAAAAACGCGAGAAAUGAGCGAGAAAUAAGGUAAUUUAUUAUUAAUCGAAGAUUCUAAAAGAAAUGAGAACAUUUUGUACGAUGAAGCUGAUAGUGGAUACGAUAGGUGACCGAUAAAUGCGAUAUAUUCUAGGAUGAAAGAGAUACGAGAGAAGACGAACAUCGAACAAACUUUGUACACUUGUUACGUUUCGUCUUCCGUUUUGCUUUCGCGGAAGAAACGGUGAUCAUUCGCAUCCGCUCCACAAUUUCGCGGAAGCUUUUUAAGCGCAAUCGGGUUACUUUAUCAUAACGGAAUGCGGAUGAUUUAGAAGGAAACAACAGCUAGACGUUCGUGUUCUCCUGUCAUCAACGGCAUAAGAGAACGUCAUUCUUACAAGAUGGACAUCCCGGAUUGUUUGGCACGAUAAAAAUGUCUUCGCGUGUCGUUCUCAAGAACGACAGAGCAACGCACGAGAAAAAUAUAGAUAUAUAGGAAAUAUACUUCUUCGUCGGUCUCUGGAAAAAGAAAGUCGCGUGAUCGCGUAUCUAGUUGUCCGAUUUCAUCGCGCGCUCCUCUAUACUUCUGAGAAAAAAAAAAAACCAAAGAACCAAGUUGGAUGACGACGAGAUUGGCCGAAAAAGAAUCCUUUGGCGAGGAAAUACUUCUCCAAACGGGGACAAGAAUACGUCGAAGAGAGAAAUUCUCUUUUACAACUUUCGUCCUUCGUUUAUUUUCGCGUAAUGUCGGCCGCUAUCGUCUUCGGAAAAACCAAAGAAUCUACUAUGUAGGCAACGUUCGCUGUCCUUUGUCGUGUUGCUGAAGAAGUUUCUUGCUCGAAACGAAGGGAUAAAGAAAGAGAAAGAGAGAGAUUCGACAACAGCAGAAGUACAGUAACAGAAGAGACCAGAAGGAAGCAGAAAGAUCCCGAGACCUAAUGGAUCCUUCGUGGUCGAUGAAACAUUGUACAAAUGACCGCGGCGAAGAGCUACAGAGACGACGAUGAAACAAAAACUACAGGGGCAGUCAAGAGAAUUGGUAACCAUCGACAAGGCCCCUCUCGAGACUUUCUCUUGAAACAUUCGACUCGCGAGACAAUUCGUGGAUGUGGAUAGAACGCAAAAUUACAGAAUGCGUGAAAUUUGAUGAUGAAGAGAACUUGUGCUGAUGGGAGAUUUUUUUCUAACGAGACGAAAAUAAUCAGCUCUGAAGAAAAAUUCUAUAUAGCAGGGACAAAAAGAUUGCUAAUUGGUUAAAUUGCUAAUUUCAUGGUAAAAUAAAAAAUAUAUUACGCGAAUAAUUAUAGCUCUCGCAAAGAUAAUAUAGCAUUUAUGAAACUUGUAUAAUGAUCAAUUUUUUUGUUUGCAUCUCAUUAUAUAUCUAAUAUUGGCUCGUUGCAUAAACGCAACAAAGCGAAUUUAUUCUGAAUUCAAAAGAAAAGUUUACUUCAAAUUUCUCAAACUUUUAUAAUCAUACUUUGGCGCUUAUAGUAUAUUUUCUAUAGAUGCUUUGCGAUUGCGUAUUGUUGAGUCCGCAUAUUACUUUUGUAAAAAGAGAAAAGAAAAUAAUCGCGACAAAAAUUCGCCACUAUUUAAACAUAUACGUAUAUGUUAUUACGCACUAUAGAUCGAUCACUACAGAAGUACAAAUUCAUCGUAUCAUAAGAUUUGCUUAUAAAUAACCGUUGCAUUUUUUCAUCGUAAUAAAUUUUCGAAGGAUCGACGCAAAGGAGAGAAGAUGCGUAAAAUUUCAAAGAAUCUUCCAUUUCCGCUCGUGAAAAUCAAAACCACCCCGACACGCAUUGUCGUCGAAAAUUUUUUGUAUUGUAUUGUACAAUCAUUGUAAAGAAAAACACUAUUUAAUAUUACAGAUAAUAUUUCUGGAUAAACAUUGGGGGACUAUCAAUUAUAUAUAUAUAUAUAUAUAUAAAAAUCGAACGUGCGGCACUCGUGCUUCGAAGCGUUUCAGCGCGCAUUUGCUAUCUGAGUGUAGUGAUUUUCGCGAGAGCUCGCGAGCUCUCUUGAUGGGAUGUAAUAAUGCGUAAUGCAACGGCGAUCAAACCUACGACGAAAUAACAAUCGGCCGAUUUGUCGGUCCGAUUUCGAUCGCAAGCUCUGCGCUUUCGACAGUGGCCGCUCGUUAACGCUCGUCGUCGCAAAAUUAUCCCCAUCCCCGACGGCGCAUCUGUCCGCGCGCGCGAUUGUUAAUGCGCAUUAAUUGUAUACCACUGUACAUAUCUGUAUAUAGCAUAUAGAAACUCGCUGCGUAUGUAUUUUGCGUGCGUGUAAUGCGUAUGUGUAUUUUGUGCGUGUGUGUACGUAUGAAUGAUUUACGCGAGCGAGAAGGAAGUGAUGAAGGAGGCGCGAGACAGAGCAAAAAGGAAGGAGAACAAAAAAGGAGGAAGAAGAGAAGAGAUAGUUCACAGAGUCACAGUCUAGUCGUUUCGCGUCAUUGUCUCGUAAGUACAUUAGAUAUACAAAAUAUAUACAUAUUGUAUUUAAAUGGAAGAGAAGAGCCGCUCAUGCGGCGCACAUUCUCGGGAGAGCACGCUUAGUGUAUAUAGUCACACGCGACAUAUGUUCCUCACUUUUAAUUUAUCAUCGUGUCUUCGGAAUCGGAUCGAGUGAUUGGAUCGCCCGCGCGACGUGCGACCUAAACAAUAACUGCACCGUCGACAGCUCGUAUCCCCAAUAGCCACGUUUUUUAGCGUUCACCGCGUUAUCCGGAUGGGCAUAUUUUCACCGCGUAUAUUUAGUCGCGAAUUACCCUUUAUUUGAUUUUCACCGAGAGAGAUACUCUUAUUUACUUCACAUCAAUUUUCGCGCUACAAAAUCAUCAUGAAUUAAAUAGAAUCAAAUUUAUUUCAUACUAUUGCAUUAUUUAAAUUUGUUCUAAAUAGAAUCUAAAUAGAAAAGGGCGAAUCAAUUUAUUUAUACAGUUAUGAUAUAUUAAAGUCAUUAGAGUUUACAAAAACUUUUAUUUAUUCCACAGGAUAUUGAAAAACUAAUUUUGUCUAACAGUUUAUUUAACGUUAAAAAUAAUACGCGGUGAUUGAUAAAGUUCAAAAUCGGAAGCUAAACGUGACUGACUAAACAGAGUUGCGAGUACGAGCCAAAGUUUGUACGGUAGUUUGUGGAUAGUUGCGGUACGUGUCUCUCUAAUAUUUAGUUGUAUAGAUUGUUCGAUUGUCGAGAUAACUCGACACACUGCCUAUUUUGUAAUACGACUUAGCGCGAGAUGCGCCUUUCAUUUCCUCAGAGUCCGCCGUUAACCCGAUUCGUGCGACAUGAAUUAUUCCGUAAUUAAACGUAAAUGCUCCUUUUCCCCAGGUUUUUUUUUUUUGCUACGUCUCUCGCGAAAUGGUAGUAAUGGAAAAACGCGUUUGACUUCGCGUGCGUGUUCUUGUAUAACAAUUAAUUAGCGAUUAUACAUACUAUCGUAUUCCUAGCGAUAGCGCGCGAACGUAUAUAUAUUCCGCGAAAUUCUAUAUUUAUUUUUCGUAAAAAGAGAGCCCAGCUGUCGUCGACGGAUCCUCCUCCCGCCCGUGUGUACGAAAACAAUUCUUUCUGAAUAUUUUUUUGAGGUUUUCUCCUCUGCUCCGAGAAAGCCCACGCGAGUGCCACGGGAUGAAACGCGCAAAAAAAAAAAAAAAAAAAAAAACGUCAAUGGGUCGACGACCGAAAAUUAUUUUCCCACGUACGCAAUUUAGGAUAGCGCAUUUAACGUUUAAAGGAGAGAAGGCCGAAAUUCUGCCCGGUGGGUUGGUUCUUCCUUGUUUUUCGACGGUGAAUCAAACUAAUGUAUAUUAUUAUUUAUUGCACCGCGGUAUGCGUAAUGUAACACAAACGCUCUGAUACACGUUAUACCAAAUAAUAUUAAUAAGAUUUAGUACGAAAAACAAAAAACAGUAAUAUAUAUAUUAUUAUUAUUUUUAUUAUCAUUACUGUUAAUAUACCAUUGCUAUCGCAUACUUUGAGGGAGAAAUCAUUUUCAAUGUUAGCGUAUGGCACGGCCUGAAUAUGGUGAAGAUAGACAGACUUUGAAGAUAGGAAUUGUAGGAAGAGCGCCGAGAGGACGCGAAUCGAGCGCAAGCGAGAGAUCAAACGAGAGUAAUUAACGAUGCUAGUCAAUUAGUACCCGCGAAGGCAGCUAACGCCAGAUCCUAGCUUAAAGUACGACGGCUAUCUAACUUGCUUUAAGGCGGUGAAAGAAGGUCGAGACCUCCCCCUCGAGUGACGUUGAAGAAGAAGGGUGAAGAGGAAAGAGCGGGAAAAGAAGGUAGCGGCUCUUAGGGUGUUUAAGGGCUCGAGAAUAUUGAGAGUUAGAGGACGCUGAAGAGCGUCUAAAGGUGGUCGCUCAAAGAGUCGAAAAGAACUUCGGUACCUGGCUGGUUGAAUGAGCCAGUCGACUUGUGCGUGGUUGGUAUAAACGUGAAAUGCAAAACGGGAGCAAAAGUGACGCACCUAAUUGUUGUGCACCACGCAUGCACUCUGAACAAGCAGCAAUUACGCUGAGAAAAGUUACGUACGAGUCAUGGAGGGUGAUUUAUCGGGACCGCGAGUGUUUUCGAUCGUAAUCUCAAACGGUGGAAAAAUUAUAUUUAUUUUUCUUGCUUACAAGAGCAAAAUCUCGAGAUUUUUACUUUUAUAGAUUUCACAGCCUAAACGCGACAUAUUUACGAAUAUAUAAUAAAUGAAAGGAACGAUGAAAAAUGAAAUGAAAUUAAUUAAAAGAUUAAUUUGAAAUUAUAAUUACGUUUGUUAUAUAAUGUUCUUAUGCGUAAAUAUGCGCAGAGGAAAUAACUCGCUUGAUUAACUCGUCGAAAUGAAUCGCGAAGUGAAUUAAGGUUUUCAUUUUCUAUGCGCAUAUUUGUCGUUGAAUCAAUAAAGUCGUUGUUUCUCUCAGUUGUUAUAUGAAUAAAUAUAAAUUAUCAAACGCUAUUGUGCGUAAUUGCAUAUUAUUAAGUUUGUAUUGAUAAAUCGAACGUGAUUUUCGUUACGUACGACCGAGCCUUGUUAAAUGUUUAAUUCGAUUUGUUUCGUAAAUGUGGCAACGAUUUGAGUUCUUUUGAAGUGGCCUGAACCUUUCAUAACGCUCGAUCGAUCCGAACUUCCAUUAAUUACCAUCGUUGUUGACAAUAAUUUAUGCAUCGAUGAAAUCCAGAGCUAAAAAGAGCAGCCCUCUCUCCCCCAGGAAAAUCGAACAGGUGUCGAUCCGCUGGCUAUUAACAUACCGGCAGUGAAAUGCAUAAUUUAGGGACUUUAUAUAACAUUUAUGACAUAUGAUUUCCAUUUUAUUAAUCCACUGUCGGGUGAAAUAAUGAUGCCAAAGAGCACGCGCGACGCAUAAUUAUUUACAUACCCUCGUAACUCGGACAUGCGAAUAAAUUAUACGUCGUGUCCCUCGCGUAAACCGCCCGCAAAAUAUGUACCUAAAUACCGAGAUGAUGAUACUUCGUCGAUUAUACGCCUAACGACGUGGAUGGAAAUCGCGCAAAGAGUCGUACGUGUAUGUGUGCGAAUGAUCCUGUUACACACGAAUUUUACACCGUUACACCGUUAUUGCCGCGCUUGGCUGGAGAGAAAAUUCGUCUCAAAUUUUUGUCCAGCAUCCAAGCAUACUGGACCACCACUUUCUACUUUUCCCGCUCUCGUCACGAACGUCAAAACGACGGCAAAUGUCAAAGUCGUUUCAAAAUCGAAUUUUCUUAUUAACACGCAUCUCUCACGAACCCUCUUCCGAAAACGUCACCGGGGUUUUGAUCCGGGUAUCCAAUGAACAAAAUAAAAAAAAAAGAAGAAAAAGUAACAACACAUUGGGAAACGGCGUCUCGCUCGAAAAACUAUCCGGACUUUAAUUUACGCUCUGGCAUUCGAUCCGCGCCCGAAAGCUCGAGCUUAGAGGAUACGGUAUUACUUUUCUCUUUUUUAUUUUUUUAUUUAUUAUUAUUUUUUUUAUUUAAAGCAGUGUUCGUCGAGCUCAUAUAAGGAAAAAUUAUGCAUAUGCGUGCGUGUAUGUGUACGAGUAUAUGUAAUAUUUAAAUCAAAUGGAUAUGUGCGCGAAUAUUAUUAUGUUUGCUGUAACGAUCGAGCGAUCGAGGAUCGUGAAGUCUAUGAUGGAGCACAAAAUUAACUCAUUGGUUUAAUUUUUUAAUGAAUUUGUAUAAUGGUUCCUAAUUCAGUUUAUUGUUCUAUGCAACUUUAAUUUAAAUGAAUACUAUUGCAAAAUGCAUGAAUUACUGAUUUUCUUUUUUUUUUUUCUUUCAUAUAAUAUUCGAUUCUUUCUAAAUCAUCUAAAGACAGGAGACAUUUCAUAUUUCUAUAUACCUCUCUUGGAACUCAUAUUUUGAUAUGGGUUAUCUCGUAGAUAAAAAAAUUU